GCUCGUUAUACCGUUGCCGCAGGUAUGGACAUCGAAUGUAGCAAUUAGCUAUUCCGAAACGACGGGCCAGCAAACCGUAAACCGCGUAAUCAACGACAGGGUGCAACCGAGAAAUGUUACUUUCGUUGGUCGCGGGGAAAUCGAGCAACGAUUGCAGGGAACGCGGGAAAAGUGUUGCAAGGCUACGGGCAACCGGUGGAACGACAAAGCAGCUGAGAAAAAUCGAACGAAGUCAUUAGUACGAAACGAGCCGCGGAAUCCGGCGAACAUUAGGACGCUGUUCUAUAAAUAAGAAUUCCCGAGAGGGACGCGAAGACUACGCGCGGAUGAAAACUCUUUUGUACGUAUGAAUGGGUUCAACGUGCAACAAAAACGAACGUACUCAAUGAAAAGACUGAGCCAUUAGUUACACGGACGGAGAGUAGCGCCUGGAACGAAUUCAGAAGUAUUUACUACAUCAGAAAUUGCCAACUAGGAAAAUUGUAUGGAAGGCUCGGACGUUUUUAUUUAUAUAUAAAAUGGAACAUGAGUAAUCGCGUGUUUUUGCGAUUACGAUAUUCAACCUGCUAAACCUGUCUCUAUUUACAAGGAAGAAGCGACCAAGUGAGUCAGAGAGUAUCAGCGUUGCAAAGCCGCAGCUCGUGCGUAACUACGGAAACGAGCUCCUUCUCAAGUGCUGACGUAUGUUUAAUUAACAAUAAUUGCUUGUCGCAUUUUCAUAAUACUAAACGACGAAGAAUUCUAUCGAGCGACAUAUAUGAUCGCGCGAAGCGACGAACAUUUGCUUGAAACAUGUCUUCGGAGGGAGAAGAGGCUCGGUCGGUAGUUCCAUGGUACGCGAAACUCUUCGAGUACUGGCGAAACAGGAACCGGGUGGGUCCGAGCAAAGUAGAACUCACGGACUGCGACUUCUUCAUCGUUGGCCCGCGGCGAACCUUGAGGAUCUUGAAACCAAGCUUGAAGACCGGCUGGUAUUACGAAAAUACGAACGAUAGGCCAGAAUCGAUAAUCGAUAAUUUUUUUACUCGCUGGUCCAGGCGACCUCACUCCUCGGGGAACUGCAGAUGCUCCUUCAGACAGUCGAACCGAGUGAGCACCGCCGAGGAGCAGAUCAUUUCUGAAGAGUUGAACAGGAUCAGGACGAGUCUUUGCGAAGCUGAGAAGAACGAACGCGCGAUCGAAGAACUCGAACAGAGGGUGUCCGUGAAUUUGCAAAAGCUUCAGGUCCCUGGAUUGGAGAACGAAGGAUUGACGAAAACGGAGGAGAGGGAGACGAAAGGCACGGUUCAGGUGAACGAGCACCAGCAACAAGCGGACGAACAAGCGAUCAAAAAUAAAAUCGUGAAAGACCUGGAGAAGUAUAUCAACGUGUUGCUGGAAGAGAUACUGGACGACACGGUGAGGUACAUCGCCGGCGCAGAGGAUACUCUUAUCAAGGAUGUCAGGGAUUCUAGAAAGAGAAACGACUGUACGACGUCCCGGCGAUCGGCCGGAGAUAAAGAGAAACCGGCGAACGAAUCCUCUAACGAGGAAACGUUCAACGACAUCAGCUUCUCGUUUCACCCGGAGAGGAACGAGAAGGGACCGAAGAACGAGAACAACGGAGGUUACGUGAAUCGCGGCUUUAUCGGCACGACGAAUCAGCCGGACUCUCUGGACUUUUAUUUGAGACGGUCCAUCGGUACGGAAGUCCUGGAGCAGUUGGACUGCACCGAUUCCGGGAUAAACAGCGUGGAGACGAUCGAGUUCCAGCCGGAUCAGGAGCCGAGCCUGGAGCAGUCUUUGCUGAGGAUCAUCGACGAGAAACUCGGCAGAACGGGCUUGGGGAACAGUUGGGAGGACUUGAGCGGCACAGGUGGCCAAGAGAACGACGCUCGGGGCCGGUCGACAAAGGGAACGGAGGUUCUGAGAAGCGGCGGGCAGCUGAGCAACGAUCGAGGCACCGAGGGAUCGGAGGUCACCGGGAAGAAUGAUGCGGAAAGGAGCGUCGAGCCGCGGGAUUCGAGCGGAGGAAUCGAUAUCUCGUCGGAUAAUCUCGCGAGCGGCGUGCCCGCGGCGGAUCUCGAGAAGCUGGAAGAAACUGUUAACGAGCCCAGUUUCGAGAAACUGCGGCUGGAAUUCAAGGACGACCACGAACCGUCCUUCGGGGCCAAAAAGGGUAACGCAAGACGAGAAAAGUUUGCCACGAAUCCGACCACUGAUUCUGUGGAUGUGAAAUUGGGAGCUCUCGAUGCGAAGAAAGAAACCGUGUCUAUCGAGUUGGAAGAUUAUAGGAAAACGUGGCCGAACAUUGAUGAGACGGAGGACGUGGUUACGAUUCGCAGGAACAGAAAGCCGAUGAUUGUGUUCCUACACGGUUUCGGCUCGUCCGCAGAGAUCUUCGAGCACCAGCUUCGCUACUUUUCCGCCUUGGGCUAUCCAUGCAUCGCGCCUGAUAUGUUGGGCCACGGGAUGAGCUCCGCGCCCGGUCGAUGCAGGGAUUAUCACUUUAACAAGUUGUUGAAGGACCUGGACACCGUACUCUGCCACUACGCGUUCAAGCCCGGCCAGAAGUGCGUCUUGGUCGCGCAUAAUUAUGGUUGCAGUUUCGCGGCGGCGUUGGCUUGCAAAUACGAAAAUAGCAUCCACCAACUAGUCCUGAUAUCCGGAGGUGGCCCGACGCCGUUAGCGGCGCCCAGCACUGAAAGCACCGGUCGCUGUUUUCUGCGAGCGAUCUUCGCACCUUUCUUAAUGUGCGGCCUUCACAGGGACAUAUUGUAUUCCGCGAGGGGCCGUCAACACCCUUACUGCGGUCCCGAGCCGCCGGAACAAUGGCCCUCGCACAUGAAAUACGUUUUGGACGGCAUGGUCUGGCCGGAAGGGGACUACGUGUUCCAUAGAAGGAUAUGUACACCGACGCUUCUCAUACAUGGCCUAAGGGACAACAAAGUGUCGCUUGUACAGGAAUGUCAAAUGGAAAGGACCAUGGUGAAAGGUUUCCUUGAGGCAAUCCCGACCGCCGGUCACAAUCCCAUGACUGACUGCCCGGAGCAGGUGAAUCACAUGAUACACUGUUUCAUAGACUUGUGGAAGAACAAAAAAUGGUAGAAACGUAAUAAAUAAGUUGACGCGCUUAGGACAUAUUUAAAUCAAGUUCUCUGUACGGGUAUUUGUACGUGAAUGAUGAAUGAAAGAAAUUAAGGAGAUCAAAGGAAAAUUGUAGGGUGCCUUCGUAAUUUGUACAUACGAUUCAGCGGUGAAAAUUCGUUUGUAUAAAGUGUUUUAUACGAUUGCAAUGAAGUAACCGAUUUUUAUAGAAUCCUUUUUUUUAUAUCAAUUUUCACGUCUAGUGUUGCAUAGUCAGAAAAUUAACCGGAUGCAUCGACGUUCACGUAGUUUUAUAAGUCUGCUGAGUAACUGUGCCAAAACGUAUACACGGAACGUCGUGUAUGAACGUGCGGAACCCGAAGGAGGUCCGGUUUGUAAAUGAGAUGUGUAAAAUGUAAAGUAGAGGCUAUGUAGCAGCGCAUAAGUUAUACCAAAGAUGAUUUUAUACAAUGUUAUUUUAUGUAUUCUACCGGAGUAUAACUUAUUCGUUUACAAUAAAAUUGUGUACAGAUA